GCGAGGCCGCGCGCAGGCAGGUCCCGCGCUGCCCCGCGGGAGGGGCCUACCGGUCCCCAUCCUUAAAGCACGAGUCCGGACGCUCCGCCUGUUGGAGAGGGCGCCUGGCUGUGGACAGCCAACAGCCGGGGCGGGCCAGGGCCGACCGAGGAGGGCCUGAGGCUACGGAGCCGCCGCGGCUGGCACACGAGCGUCUCGGCCCGGACCAAGUGGUUGCGGGAGCUGUGAGGGGAGGCGUGGUGGGCGCCAUUGCUGCCCGUCAGAACGCCGCAGGGGUCCCCGUCAGCCCUAGCCGCUCUCCCCUGGCUGAGAGGAACCGUCGCCAGUCCCCGGCCCGGUCUCCUGAAUCGGGUGCCUCCUCUGCCAUCCCUGCGGAGACCAUGUUUGACAAGACGCGGCUGCCGUACGUGGCCCUCGAUGUGCUCUGCGUGUUGCUGGCUGGAUUGCCUUUUGCAAUUCUUACUUCAAGGCAUACCCCCUUCCAACGAGGAUUAUUCUGUAAUGAUGAGUCCAUCAAGUACCCUUACAAAGAAGACACCAUACCUUAUCCGUUAUUAGGUGGAAUAAUCAUUCCAUUCAGUAUUAUCGUUAUGAUUGUUGGAGAAACCCUGUCUGUUUAUUUUAGCCUCUUGCACUCGAAUUCCUUUAUCAGGAAUAACUACAUAGCCACUAUUUACAAAGCCAUUGGAACAUUUUUAUUUGGUGCAGCUGCUAGUCAGUCCCUGACUGAUAUUGCCAAGUAUUCGAUAGGCAGACUGCGGCCUCACUUCCUGGAUGUUUGUGACCCAGACUGGUCAAAAAUCAACUGCAGUGAUGGUUACAUUGAAAACUACAUAUGUCGAGGGAAUGCACAGAAAGUGAAGGAGGGCAGACUGUCCUUUUAUUCGGGCCACUCUUCAUUCUCCAUGUACUGCAUGAUGUUCGUGGCACUUUAUCUUCAAGCCAGAAUGAAGGGAGACUGGGCAAGACUUUUACGCCCUACACUGCAAUUUGGUCUUGUUGCUGCGUCCAUUUAUGUGGGCCUUUCUCGAGUUUCUGAUUACAAACACCACUGGAGUGAUGUGUUGACUGGACUCAUUCAAGGAGCUCUGGUUGCAAUAUUAGUUGCUGUAUAUGUAUCAGAUUUCUUCAAAAAGAGAAAUUCUCCUUUUAAAGAAAGAAAAGAGGAGGAUUCUCAUACAACUCUGCAUGAAACACCGACGACAGGGAAUCACUAUCGGAACAGUCACCAGCCUUGAAGGUGGCAGAGUGCCCAGAUGAAGCUGGCCUGCUUUCUAAAGAAAAAUGAUUGCAACCAGAAGGCAAGAGGAUGCGUCUUUCUUCCCGGUGUACAAGCCUUUAAGGGACUGCUGCUACUAUACCUCUUGGAUGCCUACUUUACCUGUGUGUAUAUAGUUACAUUUAACACAAUGGUUAUCUAAUAGCUGUAAGUUCAUUUAAAAAAAUUUCAACGGCCUUUCACUAAACAAUGCCCCCCCGUACAUUUUUUUAUUAAAAAAUGUAACGCUUAUGUACAAAUGUGUAUGUAAUAUGCUUUCUUAGAAUGAUGCUUGAUUUAAAUAUAAUACAUAUUAAAACGUUUCAGGACAACUGUCUUGAGAUAGGAAAACCAAAUCAAUACUUAUAGGCAUUUAUAGUUGAUUGUAAUCAGACAGGUGGAGAACAAUUCACAAUUCCACAUUCCUUAGCUGACUGUUUAUAAGUAGAGGCUGGCGGCAAACACAAUAUCUCUCUUGAUUUUGGUGAUUCCUAAGAGAAAAGAAAAUAUUUAAAAUUUCAACACCACAAAGAAUGUAAUGCCCAUCCACUGGGGUUUUUAACAAUUCUCAUUAAAUUGGUCAGAAGACAGUUUGGAAAAUACAAAACGCUUGCUGGUCUGAAAGACACCUAGAGGAGUUCAUAGCCAUCUCUGAGAAAUGGGAAACUUCGAAAGCAGACCGCUGUUCUUAUGAAUCCUGACUCUAAAGUACCCCAUGUGUGUGGGGGCUAGGGAUGUCCAAAAUUAUUUUAAAAGACUUGGAAGGAAUAAGCUGUCAAAAGAAGUUAGCUACCCCAAAGCAUGAAUUUUCAGCCUACAAUGGAAGGCACUAUAUUUCAGUUACCAUGUGAAAUACUUUCUGGGCUAAGGCAGGCCAAACUUUUCUAAAGUUUACAAAACUAGGCUUAAACCCAACAGUGAUUAAAUAGGUCUGCUCUAUUUAACAAAAGAAAACGUAAGCCAGUUUCUGCAAACAACUUCUUAGAACAAACACUAAGUAGAUAGCAAAAUCAGUAGGUUUGACUGUGGGCAACCAGCUCAGAGCAGCACCGUGUCUCUAUUCUUUGGUGUUUGAAGUCCUUUUUCUUGGCCAACACGCAGAUGGCAUGAAAUUAUGUGCAAGCAUGUGUGCCCCCCCCCCCCUCAGCACUACCACCAUGAUCUAGCCAGGCUUUCCUGAGUUGGUCUUCCUGCUUCCACCGAGCUAAUCUACAGACUUAUCUACAAUGCACCAGCAAGAACUGCCUGGUGAAACCCAUGCCAGAGCACCCACUCCUGUGCUCAAAACCUCCGAUCACUUCAGAGGAAAAAGCUGAGUGCUGGGGCCUACAGGACCAUUCUUUUCUUCUUCCAACCCCCACUGUUCGACUCGCUGUUCACUGUGCUCCAGCCACACUGGCCUGUUGCUCAAGUACAUCAAGUACACAUGGAGGGGCUCUAGGCCAUCAUAUCCAUCGUUCAAUUCUCUGUUGUCUCUCUGUUUGUAUCACCACCUGAUGUAUUUUAACUGUUGACUUGUUUACUGUCCCCCUCCCUGCACUAGAAUGUGAGUGCCAUGAAGGCAGGGGUUUGUGUCUCUUUUGUUCACUGCUGUAUUCCCUGGUGCUUAAACCAAUGCCUGGCACACAGUAAGUGCACAAUAAACAUUUUGAGAUUUUAUCUAUA